ACAGCUAAGAACAACAUACUUCCAUUCUCUGCCCAAGCAUGUCUAACGUGGGAAGAUAUUUUAAUGGAGAACCCAACUGACAUGUUAGCUUUGAAAAUGGCUCACGACUCCUACUUCUAUCUUGGAUACCAACCUCAGAUUAGAGAUUCAAUCGCAAGGGUGAUGCCGAAAUGGAAGGAAGACAUGCCACUCUAUGGAUAUCUUCACGGAAUGUACGCGUUUGGCCUGAUAGAAACGGGAUUUUACAGAGAGGCGGAGAAGCAUGCAUUAAAGGGUCUUGAAUUGAAUCCAAGAGAUUGCUGGAGCACUCAUGCAGAGGCCCAUGUCAUAGAAAUGGAAGGACGUCAGGAUGAAGGAAUUAAAUUCCUCAGCACGUCCCUGAAUGACUGGACUGUCAGGCCCACAUACAGUGAAUUUUACUUAACGCUAGCACUGCUGUCUUGCGCGUAAUAUAUAAAAUUUUCGACUUGUACUUAAGGUAGCACCGUUUUCUUACGCAUAAUAUAUAAAUUUUCUGCUGUUGCUGCCGUCUAGAUCUGGAGAU